UCUCUUCGCGGUGUCGCUCUAUUUUCGUUCUUUUUCCUUCCUUCCUUUUUCUCGUGCGCUCUCUCGAAACGCGCAAAAAGAUCGAGAUAUCUCUCUCUCUCUCUCUCUCUCUCUCUCUCGUGAACCUCACUCGAGACGAAAUACCGCAACGAUGAGCACCAACGUCCUCGUUAGGAUUUGCGGGCCGAGGCUCCUGCGCGCCGCAAUGACCGAGCAAAAAUCAUGGAUCACCGUCAGCAGGUGUCUUAGUACCACUAUGUCACGCAGUAUACUGAAGGAUUCGCCGAACGCGGCAUUGGAUAAAACUCUGUUGAAAAAAUAUCUCGAUCUGCCCCAACCGGAGAAUGCAGUCCAGGCAAAGUACAUCUGGAUCGACGGAACUGGCGAAGGAUUACGUUGCAAGACCAGAACCCUGAACUUUGUGCCGAAACACGCUUCCGAACUGCCAACCUGGACUUACGAUGGCAGCUCGACGUACCAGGCCGACGGCGCCAACAGUGAUAUAUUCCUUUACCCGGUGGCGAUCUACAACGAUCCCUUCCGUCGUGGUAACAACAAGCUCGUGCUCUGCGACACUUACAACAGCGACAAGACGCCGACGAAAUCGAACAAGCGAUACCGCGCGAACCAGGCAAUGGAAAUUAUCAAGGAGCAGGAACCCUGGUUCGGUAUCGAGCAGGAGUACACUCUUUUGGAUUUCGACGGCAGGCCCCUCGGUUGGCCUAAGAAUGGCUUCCCAGGCCCACAGGGCCCCUAUUACUGCGGCGUCGGCGCCGACAAAGUGAUCGGUCGCGAGAUCGUCGAGGCCCACUACAGAGCUUGUCUCUACGCCGGUGUGAAACUAGCGGGGACCAACGCCGAGGUGAUGCCCUCGCAAUGGGAGUUCCAGAUAGGACCGUGCACGGGCAUCGACGCCGGUGACGAUCUGUGGAUCGCCCGAUUCAUUCUGCACCGCAUCGCCGAGGAGUACGGCGUGAUCGUGACCCUGGACCCGAAACCGGUGGACGGCUCGUGGAACGGCGCCGGUGCCCACACCAACUUCUCGACGAAGGCGAUGCGCGGGGAGAACGGGAUCGCCGAGAUCGAGAAGGCGAUCGACAAGCUGAGCAAGCAACACCUCAGGCACAUCCAGGCGUACGAUCCGCGCGGAGGGAAGGACAACGAGCGCAGGCUGACCGGCAAAUGCGAGACCAGCAAUAUCCACGACUUCAGCGCCGGGGUGGCCAACCGCAACGUCAGCAUCCGCAUCCCGCGCGGCGUCGCCGAGGAGAAGAAGGGAUACCUGGAGGACAGGAGGCCCAGCAGCAACUGCGACCCCUACUCCGUCUGCGACGCCCUGGUCCGCACCUGCGUGCUCAACGAGUAACAAGCAAAGUGUGUGCGAAAGACCACACCGGACACCGACACGCACACACACACACACACACACCCGCAUACACCUGGAGCGUACAACUACCCGUAGAACUUAGAAAUCCUUAUAUCCCCACUUGGAAACGGUGGAGUAACGUUAAAGCUUUACCUGUCGGAAAAAAAAAUAAUGCGAAGCAUUCGACAUCUUAUUAAGCGUCGUAGUUACGAAACUACGCUUAACGCUUCAGGCCGUUAGAAAAACGAGAAUUUCGCCAUUUAACGAUCGAUAACGGGCAGGAUUGCCGGAGAAGAAUCGAAACUGAUUGUGCAAAACUGAUUCGAUUCCUUUUCGCAUAUUACGAGAAUAGAGAGCUUGUUGAAAGAGGGAUAGCGAAUCACUGACUAUUUGAAUAUUGUCGAUUUAACUCGGCCGUAUUUCAUAGUCAGGAUAUAAAUGUUAAAUAAUUUUAAGAUGAGUUUGUAAUUAUUGUAAGUGCGAGGUAUAUAAACGGUUGUUCAAGUUAUCGUAUUAAAUAUCCCUUCCUGAAGCUCGUCUUUUAUAGAUUUUAUAUAUGCCAUUUUAGAAUGCAGCACGUAAGAAAAACAAAAAAAAAGGGAGAAUGAAGAAGCCACGAGAGAAUAAAAUAAAACGCAAUAUAUAAAAAUAGUAUAAAAAAAACGAAUGAACAAAGGGAAGGUAACACACUAAUCCUUACGUACGCACUGAGCUCCAUGUCGUUGCGCGCGUGGAAUAUCGAAUAAAAUGAAGAAACAAAAACGAAGAAGCUUAUUUUGCAAAAACUAUAGAGGAAUUCAACCAUAAAACUUUAAUUUCAAUCGUUUUAUCUUUUAAUAUAUUUUGCAAUGCCCAAUUCUUUAUCUAAUAUAGCUCGACCGUUGUUAUGUUUAAUUUUAUGAUCAAUCGAUAUUAUUACCGACAAUUCUCGUUUUCGAAUUCAGAUUGAGAUGUAAAUUCAAAUAGUGUUAUUUAAAUUGACAAUGUUUUCAAGUUAUCACGUUUUCAAAAUAUACGUGCAGUCGCUUAUAAAUUAUGUUUAGAAACCUUACAAUUAUAAAUUAUGUACAUAUUUUAUAUAUAUAUAUAUACACAUUAUAAGUGUACUGAAUUAGUACCACUGAAUUAGUAAGAUGCUCAGAAUAUUAGUUAUUAUUUGACAUAAUGCCUUAUUUGGCAUAAUAUAUAUUUGUAGAUAUUACGGAUCAAGGCGUUUACGUUAUACUUUUGCGCAUAAUUUUAUAUUGCAGCUAAAUAUGUUGUAAUUACUGUGCCUUAAUCACAAAUACUGUUUA